UGCGCUCCGGGCGGGGCUCCACCUUCUGGCCGCGCCCGGGGCGCGCCGUGAGCGGACAGCCGCGCCGCGCGCUCGAGAUGCUGCCGCUGUGCCCCGCGCUCCGCCGCGCCCUGCAGGCCCGCCCCUGGAGGGGGCCCGGGCUGCGGUGGAGGCACACCCCCUCCCUGACGGUGGCCAAUGAACCCGUCCUGGCAUUCACGCAGGGCAGCCCUGAGAGAGAUGCGCUGGAGAAGGCCUUGAAGGACCUGAAGGGCCGGACGGAAGCCAUCCCGUGUGUGGUGGGGGACGAAGAGGUGUGGACCUCGGACGUACGGUACCAGGUGUCGCCCUUCAACCAUGGACACAAGGUGGCCAAGUUCUGCUAUGCAGACAAGGCCCUACUCAACAGAGCCAUCGAGGCCGCUUUGGCUGCCAGGAAAGAGUGGGACCUGAAGCCUGUUGCAGACCGGGCCCAGAUCUUCCUGAAGGCCGCAGAUAUGCUGAGCGGGCCUCGCAGGGCUGAGGUCCUGGCCAAGACCAUGGUGGGACAGGGUAAGACGGUGAUUCAGGCGGAGAUCGACGCGGCGGCUGAGCUCAUCGACUUCUUCCGGUUCAAUGCCAAGUUUGCCGUGGAGCUGGAGGGUCAGCAGCCCCUCAGCGUGCCGCCCAGCACCAACAGCGUCGUGUACCGGGGGCUGGAGGGCUUCGUGGCGGCCAUCUCUCCCUUUAACUUCACGGCGAUCGGCGGCAACCUGGCGGGGGCGCCAGCCUUGAUGGGCAACGUGGUCCUGUGGAAGCCCAGUGACACGGCCAUGCUGGCCAGCUCUGCUGUCUACCGCAUCCUCCGGGAGGCUGGCCUGCCCCCCAAUAUCAUCCAGUUUGUGCCGGCUGACGGGCCCACGUUUGGGGACACUGUCACCAGCUCAGAGCACCUCUGCGGCAUCAACUUCACAGGCAGCGUGCCCACCUUCAAACACCUGUGGAGGCAGGUGGCCCAGAACCUGGACCGGUUCCGCACCUUCCCACGCCUGGCUGGAGAGUGUGGCGGGAAGAACUUCCACUUCGUGCACCGCUCGGCCGACGUGGACAGCGUGGUGAGCGGGACCCUGCGCUCGGCCUUCGAGUAUGGCGGCCAGAAGUGCUCCGCCUGCUCCCGCCUCUACGUGCCUCAGUCGCUGUGGCCGCAGAUCAAAGGGCGGCUGCUGGAGGAGCACGGCAGGAUCAAAGUGGGCAACCCAGCAGAGGAUUUUGGGACCUUCUUCUCUGCAGUGAUCGAUGCCAAGUCCUUCGGCCGCAUCAAGAAGUGGCUGGAGCACGCCCACUCCUCGCCCAGCCUCACCGUCCUGGCCGGGGGCAAGUGCGACGACUCCGUGGGCUACUUCGUGGAACCCUGCAUCGUUGAGAGCAAGGACCCACGGGAGCCCAUCAUGAAGGAGGAGAUCUUCGGGCCCGUGCUGACCGUGUACGUCUACCCGGACGACAAGUACAAGGAGACGCUGCGGCUGGUCGACAGCACCAGCAGCUACGGCCUCACGGGGGCAGUGUUCGCCCAGGAUAAGGAUGUUGUCCAGGAGGCCACCACGAUGCUGAGGAACGCCGCCGGCAACUUCUACAUCAACGACAAGUCCACUGGCUCGGUGGUGGGCCAGCAGCCCUUUGGGGGGGCCCGAGCCUCUGGAACCAAUGACAAGCCGGGAGGGCCCCACUACGUCCUGCGGUGGACGUCGCCCCAGGUCAUCAAGGAGACCCACGAGCCUCUGGGGGAUUGGCGCUACUCAUACAUGCAGUGAGCCCCGCUUCGCACCUUUGCCGUCCACCUGUCCGUCCAGACGGCUGAUCGGUGCACACCGGCCCCACUCCAGCCCCUUCAACUCGCUCCCCGUGGGACGGCCCCCUUCCCAGGGCCAAGGCCUGUCCCCCCACCCCCACCCCACACCGGCCCACAUCCUGGCCUGUCCCACCCUGCAGGGGCAGGUGCGGGCUCUAGUUUGAGACCAUGCUGGGGAGGAACAGGGCCACUCCCCCGUCUCACUAGCUGUGCUAGAACUUCUGUCUGGUAGGUCUGACCUGGUGCCCUGUCAGUUCUUUGCCUCUCUUUUCCGGCCCGCUGGCUCAGGGACCUGGGGAACGGCAGUAACGGAGCUCCCGGGAUCCUCUGGGGGAAAAGGAGGCAGCUCUGGGACCCUUGGCAAGCCUCAGCAUCCACAGGGACUCCUGGCCUUGGCCUCGGCUCCUCCGGCUCUCCAGGAUUCAGUGUGACCCAGGGUGGCCUGCAGGGCACAGAGGACACCAGCUGGCCUUGCCCUCUUGGGUCUGGGCCGCCCACCGUCCUCACUAGCUGUCCUAGCCAGCGGGUACUUCUGCCUGACCAUAUGCCUUAGACACCCGUGUGCCUUUCUCCAGGGUCCCUGUGUUCUUUGGAGGCCAUGCGAUUUCCUGGCAGUCUCUAUGUGGUGGGCCUAGGGUUCCCCCUCAGGAACUCAGUCUCCACUGGCCGAGGUAGAACAGGCCCAGGGAGACUUUGCUGCCCCCUUCUUCUGACCCGAGAGCCAGCCUUGAGUUCCCGUCCAGCCUGGGCUGGGAUUGCCUGUAGAACCUUCCCUCCUUCGCACAGAAGUGGCUCCAGGUGGCCUGGGCCCUAGUGGCCCCUUCUUUGAUGCAGCCAGUAGGUGGACAUUCACCAAAACCUGCGAGUUGCAUUGCAGGUGGCCGGGGAUUAGUAAGGGGUGACUUUGGAGGACAGUUCCCAGGGGACCCUAAGAGUGCUGGCCCUCCCUCAAGGACAGCCGGCCUGGAGUCCCCCAUGGGGCUGGCCCCAAGCACCAUGGUUCUACACUGGCCCACGGUCAGGGUAUGAUGCUACCCAGGCGUCCUUCCACGUUGCUGUUUCCUUCUAAGUUCCGCGUUGUUCCCUGGAGAGGCCAGGGCAGUCUGCUGGGGAGACGUGCUGGAGAUGUUCCCGGUUCCACCGAUUCUACACUGUGAGGGGGCAAUGAGAUUCGUUCUGAUGCCACCCAAUAAAUGCUUGUUACUUAA